AUGGUUGGCGUUCCCGGCAAGUAUAAGGGGUGCGAGACGUGCCGCAGGCGUCGUGUCAAGUGUAGCAACGAACGACCAUUCUGCCAAAACUGCAUCAGCAGCGGCAGGACCUGCGAGGGCUACGAGAGAGAGCGAGUCUUCAUCACCGGCACUCCGGAGAACAAAGGCCGCGUUGCCUCGCACCCGAAGAAGACGACGCCUUCCAAGAAGCCCAAAGCGAGCCCCAGCCCGAGCGUCAAGGCGGACGAGCCACAGAGCAGCAGGAGCAGCAGCGUAUUCAGCGCUUCACCUCUCUUCCAGCCUCUGGCACCGCUCACCUCCGCGUGGGACGACUACAUCCGACUGUCGUCCGGCGGCCAAGGGGGCGCCGGAUUCCCGGCCCUCAUCACGGCGCUGCAGACGAGCCUGCAGAGCGUGACCAGACUCGAAAUACCGGCCGGCAGCGAAGGCAAUGACGGAUUGCCCGCGGGACUGUUGAGUGCUAUACAAUUCCCUCCCUAUGCGGCGGCUGAGUUGCUGCCGGUGGCGGACGAUGCCUUUGGUAUGAAUGCGCAAUGCUUUGUGCGCCAAAAGGCUGCCAGUGCCGAGCAUGACUCGACAGAGAGCUACUGCGCGUUCCUUUUCGAGCACGACUCCUCCGGUGCGUCAUGGAGGCUCACGGCCGAGCAAAUGACUCGGCUGGGCCCGCACUAUUUCGCCUCCUUCCCGAAUCAUCACUUCUUUGUGAGGGUGUAUCGCCCCGUAGCUAUGAGCAUUGCUCUCCUGAGCCGAAGAGACACCUUCUUGAGAAGACCGGAAUGGACGGCCAUACCAUGGGAACAGCAUCCGAAGUCAACUCUCGACCACCUGUUUGAUAUUAUCCUUCAGCUUCCGGCACUCUUCGAGCAGGUCGACCGAAUUCUUCUCCUCGAUGCAACACUUGCCCGACGCACGCGAGCGCAAGAGCUUCUCCAUCACUGUCUCGUCUUGGAGGGCCAGUUUCGCCAGUGGUUGCAGGAGGCAUAUAGGGGAACGGAAGAGCACCCGUACCCGUUCUGGGCCGAGGAGCUCAGGAGCCCUGGAGGCGCCAUUCCCUUUGCCAACGCGUACACGUUCCGAGAUGGAGUCACCGGCCUGAUGUUCGUGUACUACUGGAUGGCCAUGAUCCCCUUCCACCGUUGCAUCGAGCACAUAUACAUGGCCUUUUUCCAACCUGUUGUUGACGCCUAUCCGCCCCCAUGGCCGGAGCUGCCUCCGAGCUUGCAGAUCGACCCGACGCACUAUCAGGACGGACGAGAGCUGGCGGCCAAUAUUUGUCGAGGGCUGGACUCGGCGCUUGAGUUGACUGUCCAGCCGGACCUGCUCCUGGGGCCGAUGACGGUUGCCAUGGACUUUUACCGAGAAGUCAAUGCCGCGUCGCAGGAUGGCGUGCUUGAAAUUCUUUGGCUGGAUGGCUUCAAGAAGAGACUGUGGGCGAAGGCACAAGCUGUGACUAGUGUCUUGCAGUCUCACAAGUGGGCUGAAGUGGCCAAGUUCUAA